GUUGUGGUUAAGCUCGAGCUUGGCGCGCUUGGAGUUGCUUCUCGCGCCAGAGAGCUUUCUCACCUCACCUCUCAUACAAUAUCAGCAGCUUCAACAAUAACCACCUUUCUUCCCGCUCUCAUUCAACUCACCUAAUAUCGCUAUUAUGGAUUCCACCGAUCAAGAUAUGACCGAUGUCCCAGCGGCUUACUAUGAAUCCUUGGAUACUACAAAUAUCGCCCCGCAGCCCACGCCCAACAUGCUCAACCUGUCCGGAGUAGACGACUUCGGCCCUGAAGAUCCAGUCGCAUACGUCGAGGAGCAUUCCCAAGCAAUCGUACCUAUCAGAACGCAAUGGAUCAAUGACAGCUCCGUCAACCUGGUGUACGACAACGAGGCUGCAGCCGCCGAAGCCCUAUCCCUGUUAACUCACCCGGAGCUCGCAGAAGACGCAAUCAUGAUGGAACCCCAGGAGUCGCGACGCGCUGCUCCAUACUCAAAAAUGCCAGAAGUCUCCCUCUGGAUCCGCAUAGCCAACACAAACGACCGCAAACCACGGCGCCCCCAUGACAAGCGUCCUGAGAAGCGCCGGCGGCGACCGUCCCCCACUAUCUUAGAUUAUGGCGAUGAAGACGACCACAAGCCGCAGAGCCGCGACCGCGUGCGUAACAGGCGAUCUCCCCGGCCUCACCAUCACAUUGUGGAUUCCUAUCGUCCUGAUCCCGAGGGGCAGCGCGAGUCCCGCUACGGCCGUCUGCGCGGUCGGUCCGCGUCCCCCCUCUCCUCCGAAGAUGGCCGCUACGGCUUCGCCGAAAUGCCAAGUGAACCCGUCCGCGCAAACAGACAUUACAACGACUACGGGCGCCUUCGCGACCGCUCCGCAUCCCCCGCCUCCGAUGAAGAUGGCCGUUUUGGAUUUUCCGAAGAGGGACGGUCAAGUCGGUAUCACUACCGGAAGAGUCGGAGUCGGGAACGUCGUCCACCAUCGCCAAUGAGCUAUCAUCGGAGAUCGGAUGCUACGGAUGAGACGAGGAAUAAUGCUAAAGGAAGUCUUUUGGAGAGGAUAACGCAUGACGAGAGUAGUAAGGGGAAGGGAUCGCUUUUAUCGAGGAUGACGAAAAAUGGGAAACCGUUGGUCCCACGGAGUGCCGGCGAUGGUGGGUUUUCUAUCCGAGGGAUUGCUUCGGGAACCUCGGAGUUUCGAAUACGUGGUGCGGCGGGUUCGGAUUAAGAGUCGAAUCAAGGCGGCAAACGCAGCGAAGGAAAAAUGGUGAUUGCGACCUUGUCGAUAGGAUGAUUUCGUAGGGAACGGAAGGAUUUCUUGUAGGAGGAGAGGAUGUGGAAUUUAUCGUCGAUAUGGCAUGGCGUUGGACACUCGCAUUUUUGAGAUACCCCUCUCCCUCUGCAGCAAUGAAACAUUGUUAUCAUGGGUCGGAAGAAGCCUCUGCCAUAGUGGUCCAAAUUAUGUGUGUCUGGCAUGCAUUGCGAAGCCGCUACAUAAUCACUCAGGCCUUUCUUAGCGCUGCGUGGAGCAUCUGUCUUCAUGUAGGGGAGGACGACCUAUCUGUCAACAUGC